AUGUCAACAAGUCUUUCUUUGGAUGCUUUAGUCGUGAUCAAGAUUUUGUUGUUUACCGAUAUUCGAACAGAUUGGAACCUUCUAUCAUGUCUGCCAUGUUUCAUUUCAAAAACUUUUGAACAAGUAUUUUCGUCCGAGGGGUUUGCAAAGGAAUACGUGAUCAUGUUAUUUAAAUUGGAUCGCGAUCUGGAAAAGCAACUUGAAAAUUGCAUCAAGACACACAACACGAUAGUAGGAGAGCGGAACAGGAUGACAUUUCAAAAGAUUUUACACGAGUACAAGAAAUGUUGCAAUGCUUUGGCCAAAGCCAAGCGAGAUGCAUUGGAGAAUUUAGAAAAUUUUGGUGAAUUGAAUGAUGAUGAUCAAGAAAGGUCACUAGAGAAAGCAACCAUGGAACUAGGAAAUGCCAUGAAAACAUUUUUCGAACAUUCAUUACGUUUGGAUUAUUUAUGUGAACCAUCAAUGAUCAUUCCUCGAGAUGAAUUGAAAACGUUUUGUUGUACAAAUGGUUGCAACUAG